UUUUAAUCUUUAGGCCAGUACCAAAUGAUUGUUUUGUUUAUUGUGCUAAAUAUAUAGUACUUAUGUAGUAAAAAUUAAUCUAUAUUGAGUUUUUCGUAUUUGUACUAUUUUUAGUAUAAAUUUUAAAACUCUAUAAGGACUAUUUGUUUAAGACAAAAAUAAUAAAAAAUCGAAUAAUCAUUUCUACGAGGAUACGUGCCUUUCCACUACUAUAAAACGCCUCAGUCCGUUACCCAUUUUGGCCACCCUUCCCAAUUCAUUCAUCUUGUUUCCUUGUUCAAGUAGCUCUACAUACCACCGCGAAAAUGUCGGUCCAGAUGAAGAAGAUGGUCUCCUCGACUGAAAUCAAACUGGAUGGUAAUGUUUUUCACGAAAUCUUCCGAUACAGGCCACACCACAUAUCUUACAUGAGCCCCAAACACGUUCAAAGCGUGGACUUGUGUGAUGGUGAGUGGGGGAAUGUUGGAUCUGUCAUCUGCUGGAAUUUCACUACUCAUGAUGGAAAGAAGAAGGCUUCGAAGAACAUUAUUGAGGCCAUUGAUGAGGCUAAGAAAUCAAUCACAUUCAGGGUGACUGAAGGAGAUAUUAAGGCGGUGUACAAGAGCUUUGCCUUUACUGUUCAAGUUGAUAAAGUUGGGGACAAUAACUUGGUCACAUGGACACUUGAGUAUGAAAAACAAGAUGAGAACACGCCAGAACCUGACGGGCUGAUGAAACUUUGCUUUAUUCUCACUAAGGACAUUGAGGCUUACAACCUCAAGAACUAAAAUCUAUCAAUCUAAUCAAAAGGGUGUCCUUCAUCAUGAUCAAUCAUGCCCUUUGGAGUUUGGAAGACUUUUAUUUCUACCUAUUGUGGGUUUCUAUCUAUAUAUAGUUUGAAUAAAAUUUCUAAUGGGUUGUAUCACCGCGUGGGCAAAAUCGAAACUAUGGUGUACUCUGCUUGUUCAAAGUUUAAUCAUAAAAUUAUUAAUUAGUAUUCGUGAUGUUUACGCAAUAUAGUAGCUCCAAUUCAAAUUAAUUAGAAAAGUAAUUUUGGAGUUUGAUUUGUAAUUACGGAACUAUUAAAAUUCAUGCAUAGGUACGUCUUGGGCGCAUGCAUAUGGAAAACGGAUCAUUUUACUCAUAAAUUAUAUUAUACGUCGCAAUGAAAAUGAUUUUCCGAACUGUAAAAAAGUUAGCAUCUGUAAUAAUUAUAUAUUAGUCCGUUUUUCUUUCGCUUGAC